AUGGCCACCGUAAAAGCCACCACAGCAGUCCCAGCCCUCUACCGCAUCCUCCUAACCAUUUUCGAACCCCUCGCAGCCUUUGGCGGCAUCAUCCUGAUCCUCACAGACCCAGGCUACUACCUCUCUGGCAUGACCCGCGAAAACCUCACUUCCUACCCUGCUGAAUACAACUUCCUCCUUUGGCAAAUCGCAGGCGGAUGGACGUUUAUCGUCUUCACCGAGUCCACCACUUUGAGGUUUGUGGACGACUUGAGAGUGUGGAAGUUUUUGUGUAUGGGAAUCUUGCUUUGUGAUGCGCUUUAUACGCAUAGUACGGCAAUGGCGGUGGGAGGCUGGAGCGAGUGGUUGACUUUUGGGAAGUGGACGGGGCAGGAUUUGAUCGCGGCUGUUAUGACUUGGCCUUUUGUGUUGACAAGGGUGGCGAUUGUGUUGGGGAUUGGGCUGAGGACGCCGGGUGCGGUGAAGAGGGCGUGA